UCAAUGCGUGCUGUGAUGGCCCUGAUGAACGGUGAUGAGUGGACUGUGGGAAAGAGCUGUUCAGGACAAUCAGCUGUUCACGCUAUAAUCGGGGAGUCUGAGUCCUCUUCAACCAUUGUCCUGACACGUACUACUGGACCUUUCAAAAUACCUGUGAUAAGUCAUUCAGCUACUUGUGAGUGUUUGAGCAAUAGGAAGGAGUAUCCCUCUUUCUUUCGAACCAUUGCCAGUGAUCUCUACCAAAGUCGAGCUCUUGCCCAGAUGGUCAAGCACUUUGGCUGGACCUGGGUCAGGGCAGUCAACAGUGACAGUGACUAUGGCAACAACGGCAUGGCCAUCUUCCUUGCUGCAGCCAAGGAGGAAGGAGUGUGUGUGGAGUAUACAGAGAAAUUUCACCGGGCAGAACCAGAAAAACUCAUGAAAGUUGUAGAAGUGAUCCGAAAGAGCACUGCCCGGGUCAUUGUUGGUUUUCUGGCCCACGUAGAGAUGAACAACCUUCUGGAGAAGUUAAGUCUGCACAACAUCACAGGCCUGCAGUUUAUUGGUGUGGAGGCCUGGAUCACUGCUGACAGCCUCGUGACUCCCACCAGCUUUAGUGUGCUAGGAGGUUCACUGGGUUUUGCUGUGCAAAAGGCCAACAUCAGUGGCCUGGAUGAUUUCUUAAUCAAAGAUUUCUGGGGGACAGAGUUUAAGUGUAAGGAGACAAACGGUGACACCAAUGCAGAAACAGCAACAUGCAAAGAAAACCAGGAUCUAAUUGAGUUUAAAGACAAUGAUGAUGAUGUUGCAGAGCUGCGAUACUUCAGUAACAUUUACAAAGCUAUCUAUGCUGUGGCCCAUUCACUGCACAGCCUUUUAAAAUGCUCAGAAAGUCAGGGGUGUGACAGGAUGAUAAAGGUUACUCCUUGGCAGGUAGUGGAGUCUUUGGAGCAGGUCAAUUUUACCAUUAACAACGGAGACCGGGUGUGGUUUGACAGCACUGGAGCAGCUGUGGCUAAGUAUGAGGUGGUGAACUGGCAGCGUGGAUCAGAUGACUCAGUCCAAUUUAAACCUGUCGGCUAUUAUGAUGCCUCCCUACCUCCUGGAAAGAAGUUUGUCCUCAAGACUGAAGCCAUAAUGUGGCCUGGGGGAAGAUUAAAGUUGCCUGUGUCAGUGUGCAGUGAAAGAUGUCGUCCAGGAACUCAUAAAGUCCUUCAGAAAGGAAAGCCAGUCUGCUGCUAUGACUGCAUGCCAUGUGCAGAGGGAGAAAUCAGCAACAGCACAG